GUAGCUCUGAUUAUUUACAUAUAUAGUGUUGUCUCAAUGGCCUCAAGCUCAGCUUGGACAACAAAGCAGAACAAAAAGUUUGAGAAUGCUUUGGCCAUCUACGACAGGGAUACCCCCGAUCGGUGGCAGAACUUGGCCAGGGCGGUGGGAGGUAAGACUGUGGAGGAAGUGAAAAGGCACUAUGAGAUGCUCGUUGAUGAUUUGAAGCAGAUUGAAGAAGGUCACGUGCCCUUGCCCAAUUACAGAAAUGCUGCUGCAACAGGAGGAGGCAGCAUCAGAGGUUAUAGUUACAUGGAUGAAGAACAAAGGAUGAAGGUUCUAAGCCUCCACUGAAGUAUAUGAAAGAGAGACAUGCAUAUUAGCUCAUUACCAGCCAAUCAAGCUAAGUGAAGAUUAAAAUGCAUGCUUGAUGCACACCUAGCUUGGUUCCAUCAUUCUAUGAUAACAAAAUCAAGUGUCAUUUAAUUUUGGUUGGUUUCUUAUUUUUCUGUAUAUGUCUUGUAUUGUAUCCAUGCCGUGUAAUCCUUAUAAAUGUAACAAUAAUUAAAUUAAAUUAUCUUGAGGACAUACCAACCUUUUGAUGGUA